CACUAUCGACAUGACCAAGGGCACGAAACGCGCGUCUCCUGGCGCUGAGGAGGAGAAGAACCCCUUGAAUGUUGAACUCAGCGAAGAGGAUGCCAAAAAGCUUGAGGGGAUCCAGCGCGAACAGGCGAAGAUGGACUUGUUCAUUGAGCGCGAAACCCAGUCUAAAAUGUACCCAGUGUACGAGAAGCGCCGGGCAAUUGUGAAGACGAUCCCCAACUUCUGGCCUGUUGCGUUGUUGAACCAUGGCAUGGUCGCCUUCCAUGCCCAACACAACGCUGACCAGACCGCCCUCAGCUACCUUGAGGAUCUCUGGGUGACGAGAGACCCUCAGGACCACCGUUGCUUCACCUUGGAAUUCCACUUCAAGGAGAACCAAUUCUUCUCCAACACCGUGUUGAAGAAGGAGUAUAAAUACGCUCCCCCCGCUUCUGCCGCCGACGACAAGCCUGAUGAAAAUGGUAUCACUGACGCGAUGUUGGAUUUUGCUUGGGGAGAGCAUGUCAAAAUUACUGGCACCAAAAUUGACUGGAAGAGCGAGGACAAAGCCUUGACCAAGUCUUACCCUCGUGAAUCUGGAGAUGAGGACGACGAGCUUCCCGCUGAGGCAGGCAGCUUCUUCAACUUCUUCGAGCACGAUGACGACCCCUUCGAUAUUGGCCCUGCUAUUGGCAACGAAGUCUUCCCUGACGCCAUCAGCUACUUCUUGGGCAACGUUGACUCUGACUCCGAAAUUGAUUCUGAAGAGGAAGAAGAGGACGAUGAUGAUGACGCUGAAGAGAUCGAUCUCGAGAAGCCUCGUCCCAAGAAACAAAAGGUCUAAAGCUAGACUGACCCUCCUGUCCGCUUUCCUUCACUAACUGUUAUUUGUUUGCUUUACUAUAUCACUCACGUUGUUGUAUAAAGGUGUAUCUGGCUUUCUUUGAACUAUUUCCCGUCUCCGCGAUGAAAUCUAAUGACAUACAUGUAUUUUCAAAUC